UGUCUGUCAGCCAUGUUCACCUCUCUCCAGAGAUGUCCAAUCAGAUUCAUGUCUGGACUCUGGUUUGGCCCCUCCAGGACGUUCACAGAUUGGUUCUGAAGCCUUUCAGAAGUGGAGGUCAUGUGCUUUGGAGUCGCUGUCCGUCGCCCCGGGUCUGAGGUGAGGACGCUCCGCAGCGGGUUUUCAUCCAGGAUGUUUCUGGCGUUCACACCAGACAGUUCAGCCUUUGCCUUAUGAGACCAGAGAAUCUUGUAUGUCCUGUUCUGAGAUUCUUCAGGUGCCGCUUGGUGAACUCCAGACUGGCUGCAUUGAUGCUGUUAUUAAGAACUGGCUCUCUGGCCACCCUAGCACACGGAGCGCGUUGUCCUUCUGGAAGCUUCUCCUCUCUCCACAGAGGAACAGCUCUGACAGCGGGACCAUCAGGUUCUUGGUCUCCUCCCUGACUGAAGCCCUUCAGCUCUGAGCUGAUGGCUCAGUUCAGAAGGCAGCGGCUCCAGGAAGAGUCCUGCUGGCUCCAGACUUCCUCCAACUGACCAAUGAUGGAGGUCGCUCAGCUCACUGGGACCUCCAAGCAGCAGGAAUUGUACUUUCCAAAAAAUAAAACACAGCAGUAUAAGGUAUCACUAACUUUUAUUGCCAAUAAUAGUUCGAUCAGCACGUGACCACCACAGCAGUUUUAAUCUGGGGGUGACAUCAGCCUUCAGGACCGCGGACAGCUCCGGCUCUGAGCUCAGACCUUUGGUUUACCAGCAGAAGCGGAAUAAAGAUAAAGCAGUGUUAGCAUCAUGCUACAGGCUUCACAUAAAGGCUGCAGCUGGUUAAUACUCCACUAAUACGGCUUUGUUAACAAGCCGCCUGGCCCGUUCCGUCCCUGCUCCUGUUUCCGGUCUGUGUCUGUGGAGUGGAGCAGAGGUAAAGCUGUCACAUGAUUGCUGCGGCCGCUCAGCAGCAGCAGCAGCAGCAGCAGCCGGGGCUCCGUGGAAAACACACGGCUUUGUUUCCCACCCAGCAUCCCCCCCACCCGACACACACACACACACACACAACACCUCCUCCACCGCCGCAUCUCUGCCUCUAGUCAUGCCAUGGAUACUUUGUGGCAAUACCAGUUCCGAAUCAUCCUGCUGGGGGACUCCACCGUGGGGAAGUCGUCGCUGCUGAAGCGCUUCACGGACGGGAUUUACAGCGACGUGGCGGAUCCCACGGUCGGGGUGGAUUUCUACGCCCGCUCGCUGGACAUCGAGCCCGGGGUGAAAAUCAAGCUGCAGCUCUGGGACACGGCCGGACAGGAGCGGUUCAGGUCUAUCACAACAUCAUACUACCGCAACUCUGUUGGGGGACUUCUAGUCUUUGACCUCACCAACCGCAAGACCUUUGACCAUGUGAGAGAAUGGCACAAGGAGGUGAGCGAGCACAUCCUGCCCCACCACAUGGUCUACAUUCUCAUCGGCCACAAGAGCGACCUCAACAAGGACCGCAAGGUGAGCCGGGAUGAGGCUGAGCAGCUUGCCGCCGAUCUGGGAAUCCGCUACAUCGAGACGUCGGCUAAGUGCAACAGCAAUGUGGACCGGGCGUUCGAGCUGCUGACCAGAGAUAUCUUCGAGCUGAUGAAGAUGGGGGAGAUCGUUACCCGUGAUGGCUGGGAUGGCGUUAAAAGUGGCCUCACUGCAAAGGUCCUCUACCCGGGUGAUGACGAAGAGGAACUUGCGACUGCUUCCCCCGAGAAGGGCUGCCACUGCUAACUGUUGAUACUUUGUGUUCAUAAACUGUCCCAUCGCACUGAGAUCUCACUUUGUCUUGCGGCCAUCCAUAGAAACCAGACCACUCCUGGUCAGCACCCUGUGAUGUAGCCACUGUUCCUUCCUUACUUUGUGACUUGUGCCCUUGUCUUUGUUUGGGUCACUCUAAGAGCUGAGAUUAUUGCAAGGAAAUGUGCAUUCCAGUCUUAUUGGCAGGUGGAAUCUAUAUAGUGAGGCAUAACACCAGGUGCACAGAGCUUUACCCAAUGUGAAAAACAGAACCUAGCCAUAUGCCCUUCUCUCAGUACAGGAGCAACCGGACUUAUGAUUGUAAGGUCUACCUGUCAAAGUUUGUGCAAUGUUUUGCCUACACUCUGUUGUAACUCUCGUAGAUAAUAAAAACUAUAGAGAUGGCGUACAAAGAGAUCACAGGAAGCUGUUGGAGUUGAUAGUGUAAAGAGACAUAGCAUCCUGCAAUAAGUCUAAAUCGGUGUGCUGCUCCUCCUGUUAUUGUAAACUGUGUGCACUAACACCAAACCGAUUUUAAACCUUUAAUCAUCUUGUAAAUAGAUGCAUACCAUCAAUAUCUGAGAAUAUUUGUAGUUAAGAUGUUUACAUACAAAUAGACCAUGGUUCUGAAGGUUCGUGGUUCCAUUUAAGGCAUCUGUAAAUAACACUAGUAAUAUGAUGGACACCAUUAAUGUCUCACUAAGAAUUGGUAAAGGAAAAGAUUUUUUUUUUGUUUCUUCUAUAAGCAUUCACUAACUUAGGGUAAUAUUGACAAAACUGCAACAGUUUUAUUUGCACGGAUGACUUUGAGAGGAAACUGGAAUCAUGAGAAAAUUGUGAGAUGCUGUGAGACUUGUUUGGUGUUUUUGUUCCCACCCACUGUGUUAAGUGGGAAAAACUGAAGGUUACACUUUUUGGAAAGAUUUUCCAACCAUUUUCAUUUUACAAAAAAUACAAGAGUAAGUAACUCGAACAAAAACUCCUUCAGCUCUCUUUUAAGCCCUUUCCGAAAGACACCGUUGAAAGCGAAUGGCUUUAUAGGGUGUAGUAACUUCAACUCGCCAAGUGGAGGCACUGGCAGUGUUACUUGGUGGGUGAAUUUCUCAUUAGGCUUCUCACCCUCUAUGAAACUUGUUUUCUCUCACUUGUUACAUGGCUACAAAACCUUUUCUUGCUCUACUUAUUUUUAAAGAUUUUCGUUCUAUCAUCAUAAAAUUAGCACACCUUUUGCAACAUUUACGUUGACAAAAUGUCAAGUCUUACAUCGUAGAGAAUCCUGUAGGUAUCUUCUGUGGGUGGGUCUACACAGUUAUGAGCAAACUCAAUUCAUGUACUAAAAGGUGUGAAUAUACGCUAAUUAUGCUGAAUAAAGGACAUAUUAACAUUGAUAUAUUCAGGAACCUGUUAGCUUGCCUGUUAGCAAGCUAACAGGCAAGUUUCUACUCCACUGCUCUUCACACAGGAAUAACAUCACGCAAAGUACAUCAAAAGCUGUUAUUGUUUCAGCUUUGCAUCCUAAUAAAAACCCUGCUUUAGGAGCCGCGAAACAAUAUUUUUUUGCGGCGACAACUGUAGAUCUGAAAAGGUCUUUCAGUGCCAACCUGGUGUUUCCCCUUAUGCCACCUUUGAGUUUUCAUGUCGAUAACCACUAAACAUUUUGCUAAAGAUUGCGACGUCAUUACCCCAGCUCUGACGUAACUUUCAACCUCAAGAACAUCAACAUGUGACGCUCAGGUUCAUUCCUCUGUUUUGGGUUUCUUGUCAUGGCGGUGUUGCACUGCCACCUGCAGGUCUGGCAUGGUUACUGCAGUGUUUUGGAUCAUUUUCAGGACUUUCGAAACGAUGUAAUGUUCAUGCGAUGUUUUUUUUGGAAUCAACGUAUAUCUUGACAAGGUCUGAGAUAAUAUUUGAUGGUUCAUUCAGGUCUUUUUUCAUUGACUGCUAUUCUGAGCUAUUCUUUGAACUUGCUUGCGUUUAGAAAGCAAUCUGUUGAAAGUGAUUGGUGCAAGUCUCCAAACAGAAGUCUAUCCACUGUGUUCUUCCUUUUAGUUUGAUGGUCUAGCUAACAAUGACUGCUAUGGGAUCAAUUCUUUUAACUUUAGCUUUAAGGUAACAUAUUAACUAGCCAACUAAUAUGUUACCAAAUUAAACGGGCUGUUUUCUACUGCUUUUUGUCAUUUGCAGACUUCUGAUAUAUGACAAAUAAGUAUACUAGCAAAGUGUCAAAGUGUCACUUUCCCUCUUUGAAGUAUCCUUUAAGUAUACUUCUGGGUCUAUUUCUCCAUGUGUGUGAGGCUCAAGUAAGAUGUUUCUGCUUCAAUUCUUCAAGGUAAAACUGACAAGAAGCUUUCUUAUAGUGGGAUGUGAACUUAUUCCUCUUGUUAAAUCUUGCAAGAAGAAAAAGUUAAAUGUUUCAUCAACAUUUAAAAUUGUUGCUAUUAAUGUAUUCUCAAAACCCAAACUAUGUCUUAUUAGUCAAGAAGGAAGAUGAUUUUUGCACCUUAAUUGUAGAAAAAAUACUUAUUUGUUGGGAUUUCUAAAUUAUAUUCUAAAGUAUAUCAACUUACUGUUAAAGUUACUAGGGGUGUACCAAUAACUCAGGCUUGAUUUCCCUCAUUUCCAGCGAUCCGUGAUUAACUGAUACUUACAUAUGAAGCUGAUUUUGUCCACUGAUCUUAUCUACCUCGGUAAAGGUCUAAAAAUCAGCCACUGUUCUCUUUUUCUCUGCCACAUGAGAGGUUUGACUGACAGACUGGCCCACCAGAUCAUAUCUGCAUGUUUGCAAUUAAGAAUAGUUACUCUACUGUUGCCAAAUCAGUGACUUUCUUGCUAUAUUUAGCAACAUUUCAAACAAAAAAAUCGGUAUUGGCCAAAAUUGGAAUGGCCAGGUCAGGUUUCUUAAAGACUGCCAAUCUGUGAUCAGCCAGAAAACUGCAAUUGGUGCACCCCUAAAAGUAACCCAAAACUCAUAACUAAUUUAAGCAGCACACUUCCUUCUGCAAUGCCAUACUCAGCGAAGAGUGAAAUGUAAUUACAACAAAGCUGCAGUUGCAAAUGUGACAUGCAGCCUUCCCUGGUUUGAGAAUUCCUUCUGGACUAAAGAAGUUUUAAACAAACAGCUUGAUAACCCAGAACUCUUAACUUGGGAAUUCACUCGUCUUCGCUAAACUUUCUCAACCAAACACAAGCUUGCCAGACAUUUAUUCUGUUCUAUAAUAUAGAAUAUUUAGUUAAUUCAGCAUACAAAUGUUAUAGCACAGUGUAAGAUAAGGAUGAUAGUAUGCUACAUCUGCAGCAUCCCUUUAUUUUUUACUCUUACACCCAAAUUCACUUUUCUAUAUAUUUUUAUUCAUGUAUAUUAUAUACAGUAUAAUAUGUUCUGAGUGCACAGGAAGACUUUAUCUUACAGGUUCUUUGCCUUGAUAGAUUCCAUUUAAAUGAGUAUUUCUGACUUUCCUUUUCCCUUGUCUCCUCCUUUAUACAGGGUCAAACUGCACAUGAUGAAAAACAUGUUGCCAUUCUUUACUGAAUCCAUCAUUUCAAUCUACUGGUCUCUUUACCCAACUGUUCAAUUUAUUAACCAAAGCAGAUAAAGAUGGCCACUUUUUUCACUGAAGAAUGAUCAAAUGUUAUUUCUGAAAGACUUCCUUUUUGAAUCAAAUGCCUCUUUAGCCACCAAUGGGAAUCAACUAAGAGUAACAUUGAAAAUAAUGUCUCAAGUCUUAUUAUUACAUUAGGUGUGAUGUAGGCGAUGCAAAUCAUUGUCACUUUCCACUGCAAACCCAGCUUCUCUUAUCAGGUAACGUGUAAGAAGAAGUUAUGUUUUUACAGAAAUCUGCAUGUUUGGCUUUGAAGUGUGAUAGGAGAAUAUUGUUGCCAUUCAUACAUAUGUGUGGGGGUUGAAUCUAGAGCUAGAGGCAGCCUUACAUAGCAGCAUUUAUGCUCAGUCCAAGGAUGAGUACUGGAGAAAACGUUGGAACAGCAUCUGCUAAGCCAUGCCAGUUAAGUUUUGAACUACACUUCAUUUUUAAAGUGAUUAGGCUACAUAUACAUAUUCAUAAUUAUUUUAAGAUCAGCUUAGAUUCAGCAAUAGUAUUAACUGUAUAACUACUAGCUGACGAAUCAGUUUAGGAAGUGAGAACAAGAAAGUGUCUCAGUCAGAUUUUGCUAAGGCUAGUUUAGCACAGCUGGAGUAUUUUUUCAGAUUCUAUAAUGUCACUUUAUUUUAAAGUUGUUUUUUUCUGGUAACAAUCACGCGUUUCUUAAUUAGUCACCAAACUUUUUUUUCAGUUAGCACAAGGCUUUGAAGAAGAGAAAAUGUUAAGAUUCUCAUAUGUUGUACAAACUGUUUGGUCUAAAUCACUUUUCAUAAAAUGCACCGGUGGAACUAAAUCACAUAAACUCUUCAGAGGUUAGAAUUCAUGACUUAGCUUUUUUUUAUUUGUCACUUAAAAGAGUUUUUGGGGGUGAUGUAAUCUCAGUGACUGAUAAAAGAAUAAAUAAAUAGAUGUUCAAUAUAUCA